CACUGGGCUGCUACUGCAGCGGCAGGGUGCGAGGCGAGCGGCACUCAUCACCGAAACGGAGGUGGUCCAAGAGACCAAGACCUCGCCAUAAUUCCAAGCCACUGUGCCGCUGUAGCAGCGCGCACACCACCCCCACCGCCAUUUCCUCCUCCACCACCUCGCCUUCGUCGAGAGCCAGGAAAGGUUUGAUCUUUUUUUCGGCUCCGGCCGCCAAAGCUUCGAUUUCACCCCCGGGUUUCGUGGAAGAAGUUGCAGGGGCGGCGGAGGCUGCCCUGAUGUAGAUUUAGCUUCCGCUGUGCCCGGUGUUAACAUCUCUCGCAGAAUCAAUCGCAGCUGCAGCCGUUCUGGUGCUCCUUGAUCUGCCAGUCGGGAACUAUGGGCGUGGGUGAGAGAGGUUUCUUGGGCGCACAGUGAUCGCAUUUGGUGGCGGUGGAGGAGGAGGAACAGGAGGAGACCAUGAAGGAGGCGGGCGAGGAGAGGUACCUUGACCCACAGCUGUGGCACGCGUGCGCCGGCAGCAUGGUGCAGAUGCCCCCUGUGCGGUCCCGCGUGUUCUACUUCCCGCAGGGCCACGCGGAGCACGCGCACGGCGGCGGCGCGGACCUCGCGGCGGCGGCCGGGCCGCGCGAGCUCCCGCCGCUCGUGCUCUGCCGCGUGGCCGGGGUGCGGUUCUUGGCUGAUCCCGAGACCGAUGAGGUGUUCGCCAAGAUCCGGCUGGUGCCGGUCGCGCCCGACGAGGUGGAGUUCCGGGAGCCGGACGAGCUCGGAGGCGACCCCGCGGACGCCCGGGAGAAGCUGGCGUCCUUCGCCAAGACGCUCACGCAGUCCGACGCCAACAACGGCGGCGGCUUCUCGGUGCCGCGCUACUGCGCGGAGACCAUCUUCCCCAAGCUGGACUACCGGGCCGACCCGCCGGUGCAGACGGUGCUCGCCAAGGACGUGCACGGGGAAGUGUGGAAGUUCCGGCACAUUUACCGGGGCACGCCACGCCGGCAUUUGCUCACCACGGGUUGGAGCACGUUCGUCAACCAGAAGAAGCUCGUCGCGGGGGAUAACAUCGUGUUCUUGCGCACAGAGCACGGCGAAUUGUGCGUCGGUAUACGGCGUGCGAAGCGGGUGUCUUGUGGUGGCAUGGAGUACAUGUCCGGGUGGAACGCUCCGGGAUAUGGGGGGUUCUCAGCUUUCUUGAAGGAGGAGAGUAAACUGACGAAGGGUCCAAGUGGGCACAUGAGGGGCAGGGGGAAGGUGAAGAUUGCGGAUGUCGUGGAUGCGGCAAGCCUAGCGGCGAGCGGGCAGCCAUUUGAGGUGGUGUACUACCCGAGAGCUAGCACACCGGAGUUUGUUGUGAAGGCUGCAUCGGUGUUGAAUGCGAUGAGGAUCCAGUGGUGCCCUGGGAUGAGGUCCAGGAUGGCAUUUGAGACGGAGGACUCAUCAAGGAUUAGCUGGUUUAUGGGAACAAUAUCUUCUGCUCAGGUUGCUGAUCCAAUCCGAUGGCCGAAUUCACCGUGGAGGCUUCUUCAGGUGACAUGGGAUGAACCAGACCUGUUGCAGAAUGUGAAGUCUGUCAACCCAUGGCUUGUGGAGCUGGUAUCCAGCAUCCCACCAAUUCACCUGAGACCAUUUUCUCCACCUAGAAAGAAGUUGCGGGUGCCUCACCAUCCUGACUUUCCAUUUGAUGGUCAGCUGUUGAAUCCAACAUUCCACAGCAACCCACUUGGUCCUAGCAACAGCUCCCUAUGCUGUUUCCCGGACAACGCUCCUGCAGGCAUACAGGGAGCCAGGCAUGCUCAAUUUGGUUUACCCCUAACAGACCACCAGCUUAACAAGCUGCACCUUGGUCUGUUCCAUGGCGGUGGUUUUAACCGGCUUGACGCUAUCACUCCGCCUUCACGGAUUUCCAAGGGUUUUGUGAUCACCAGUGCACCAGUCCAUGAGAGUAUCUCUUGCUUGUUGACAAUUGGCACACCACAGGGCACAGACAAAUCUGAUGACAGAAAGAAACCCCAUAUAAUGCUGUUUGGAAAGCCUAUUCUUACCGAGCAGCAGAUGACUUCUAGAGGAUCAAGUGAAACACUCUACCCUGCGGUUACUGGAAAUAGUUCAUCUAAUAGCCAUUCGCAGAAGACUGCAAAUGUAUCUGACGGUUCUGGAUCAUCGAUCUGCAUUGGUUUCUCGUCUCAAACUCAUGAAGCAUCUGAGCUUGGGUUAGAAGCCGGGCACUGCAAGGUAUUUAUGGAAUCAGAGGAUCUUGGUCGCACCAUCGACUUGUCUGUCUUUGGGUCAUACGAAGAGUUGUAUGGUCAGCUAGCUGACAUGUUUGGAAUCGAGAAAGCAGCACUAAUAAGCCAUCUUCAUUACCGGGACGCAGCUGGUGCUGUCAAGCAUACUGGUGAAGAACCAUUCAGUGACUUCAUGAAAGUAGCACGGAGGCUCACCAUAAUAGAGAGCAGCGAGGGGAGGCUGCAGAAACCUCUCAUCGAAUGUAUGGUUGAGCGGGCUUGAGUACAUGGCCUUUCGAUGUGCCAAUCUGAAGCUUGUGGAAGGCUAAGCUUAGAAUGAAGGAAUCGUUACAUUUUCAUUUUUGUUUGCCUGCUGUGAAGCAGAAACUGCGAUGUUUGUUCAGUCUUGUGGAAAGCCUCGGUAGUGGUUUUCAUUUGUUUACGUGAUUUGAUCGUCAGAACUUUGUUUGUGAUCAGUUGUGAUGUACUUCGGUGGGAGUUCAGAAAUAACCUCUUCGAUGAAUUAGCUUGAAAUAAAGUGCGAGUUGUGUUAA